AUGAAAACCAUCCUAUUGGUAAUUGCAGCUUUGGCUUUGGCUAGUGCCGAAUGGAUCGAAAUCGAUUGGUCCCAGGUUAAGCCGAUCGAAGAAUUUGACCACUACUGGGCCCGCAUUCCGGAGAAAUGGCAACACUUGCGAAAACUGACACCAUCCCGCAGAAUCAUCUUUGGAGAGGAGGCUACUCCGGGCCAAUUUCCGUAUCAAAUCGCUCUACUCAGCGACUUCAUCGCUGGCACCGGCUUGUGCGGCGGAUCAGUUUUGACUAACAACUUCAUCCUAACUGCUGCUCACUGCGUCCAGAAUGCUCUAGGAGGAACAGCUAUCAUCGGAGCUCAUAACCGAACUGCGAACGAGCCAUCUCAGCAAAGAAUCGCCUUUGGAGCAGCGGGAAUCAAGAUUCACUCAGGAUACACUCCAACUAACAUCCGAAACGAUAUCGCCGUAGUACAGUUGAAUAGUGCCAUUGUUUUCAAUGCUCGUGUCCAGCCAGCUCGAAUUCCUUCCGCAGGAGACAGUCGUACUUUUGCUGAAUACACUGGAACCGUUUCCGGAUUUGGACGUACCUCUGAUGACAGCCAGGCCACUUCGGCUGUACUCAGAUUCACUACCAACCUAAUCCUGCCCCAGGAACGCUGCCUGGAAAGUUGGGACGCCAGCCUCGUUCAGCCUCAGAACCUUUGCCUUUCCAGUUAUGUUGGCCGUUCGCCAUGUAACGGAGACUCCGGUGGCCCAUUGACCGUAUCCGAUGGACGUUCUCUACAGGUCGGUAUCGUUUCGUUCGGAUCACCCGGUGGUUGCUCGAUCGGAAUUCCCUCGGUGCAUGUCCGUGUUACGUACUAUCGCGAUUGGAUCGUGGCAAACUCCGAUUAUAUGUAA